AUGUUAAUACUAAAAGAAGAAUUAAUUGCCAGAUGUGAGGGUAUGAGGAGGGCGCUAACAGCUAAUGAAAUAGAAGAGGUUCGAGGCAUGGGGAUCAUACAUACUCCUAGAGGAAAUAUUGUGGAGGAAUUGGUCAAGAAAAUGUUAAUACUAAAAGAAGAAUUGAUUGCUAGAUGGGAAGGUAUGAGGAGGGCGCUAACAGCUAAUGAAAUAAAAGAGCUGGUAAAUUACUCUGAAAGUGCCAUGAUAAGGUGCUCAAUAUACAAUAUUAUUAAAGAACAUUUUAAUCUUCAUCCCCAUAAACUUGUAGUGGAAUGGUUAGGGGGCAUGGGGAUCAUACAUACUCCCAGAAGAAAUAUUGUGGAGGAAUUGGUCAAGAAAAUGUUAAUACUAAAAGAAGAAUUAAUUGCCAGAUGUGAAGGUAUGAGGAGGGCGCUAACAGCUAAUGAAAUAGAAGAGGUUCAGGGGCAUGGGAUAAUACAUACUCCCAGAAGAAAUAUUGUGGAGGAAUUGGUCAAGAAUAUGUUAAUACUAAAGGAAGAAUUAAUUGCCAGAUGUGAAGGUAUGAGAAGGUCGCUAACAGCUAAUGAAAUAGAAAAGGUUCAGGGGCAUGGGUAUCAUACAUACUCCCAGAAGAGCUUACCAAUACAUACUAACUUUAUUCAUAUCACAGUGGACAAUAAAAUGGACGAUAAAACGCGUCUUGUAAGAAAAAUAACUAUUACAACUCAGUAAUUGCAAUAAUAGUCCGAACUUUUAUAGGAUUUAUGAAUGAAACAUUCUGUCUCCUGAGUUGUAAUGUCUUUAGGCGCCAGAAAUUUUAACACGCCUGGAAUAAGUAGUAUGAGUUAUAGUGAUGGUAGGUCGAUACUUUAGGUUUCGAGUUAAUCCGAUUGACAAUAAUUAUUUCAGCCACUCAUUUAGCAUUUGUUGAGCAGCCAGCCAACAAAUUUCCUUUCAGAUAUAAGUCUGAAAAGCUUGUUACCCAUGAUUGCCUUAAAGGUUUAACUUCUGAUGGUACAAGAAAGCCAAAUUAUCCUACUGUUGAGGUGAUAAAAGAAAUCCGAU